UGCUUCUCCUUAAAACAACAACUAGUUUAAUAAACACACUUUUAACUUGGAUUUCUUCGUCUUAAUCGUAAUCAAAUGUCUUCUUUCAUCAUCUUAUUAGUAUCCGCUCUUCUUCUUCAGCUAUCCACUUCAUCAUUGGAUUCAGACAUAGUUGGGCUUCUGGGCAGGGAGCUUCUUGAAUCAGCGAAGGAGCCUCAUUUCUUCGAGUAUGUGAGACGGAUCAGACGGCAGAUCCAUGAGUACCCUGAAUUGGGUUUUGAGGAGCACAGGACGAGUCAACUCAUCAGGACUGAACUCGACUCGCUCGGUAUUCACUAUGUCUGGCCUGUGGCUAAAACUGGGAUUGUAGCUUCCAUUGGUUCCGGGGACUCGCCCGUUUUUGCUCUCCGUGCUGAUAUGGAUGCUCUUCCUAUACAGGAACUCGUUGAUGUGGAGUAUAGAAGCAAAGUUGAUGGAGUUAUGCACGCCUGUGGCCACGAUUCUCAUGUGGCAAUGUUGCUUGGAGCAGCUAAGUUGCUUCAAUCUAGGAAACACAACUUGAAGGGAACCGUGAAGCUUGUUUUCCAGCCAGGUGAGGAGGGGUACGCUGGUGCCUAUCACAUGCUGAAACACAGUGCUUUUGACGACAUCAGUGCCAUCUUUGCUCUACAUGUUAUACCAUCUCUACCAACUGGAACCAUUGCUUCCAGGCCAGGGCCAAUGCUUGCUGGGUCUGGGCUGUUUACAGCCACAAUUUAUGGCAAAGGAGGACAUGCGUCAAGCCCACACAACGCCAGAGACCCACUUGUAGCAGCAUCGUUGGCCGUUGUUGCGCUUCAGCAGAUUGUAUCCCGCGAAGCAGAUCCUCUUGAAGCCAGAGUUGUGACAGUUGGGUUCAUAGAGGGAGGAAAAGGUGCAAACGUAAUUCCAGAGACGGUCAGAUUUGGAGGAUCUUAUAGAAGCUUGAGUGCUGAAGGUCUUUCUUACACUCAGGAACGUAUUAAAGAGGUAAUAGAGAUGCAAGCAGCAGUGCAUCAAUGUAAAGCUGUGGUGGACUUCAAGGAGGAGACGCCGCUGCCUUACCCUGUGACAUCGAACGAUGAGUCAUUAUACGAACAUGGCAAAGAAGUGGCGGAGAUAUUACUUGGGAAACAGAAGGUGGAGGUGUUUCCGGUUACAAUGGGAGGCGAGGACUUUAGCUUCUAUGCUCAGAAAAUGCCAGCUGCCAUGUUUGUUAUUGGAACAAAGAACGAGACGCUGAAAUCAGAUUGGUCACUUCACUCUCCUCACUUUACUAUCGACGAGGAGGCUCUUCCAAUUGGAUCAGCUCUUCAUUCAGCCGUGGCUCUCUCUUAUUUGAAUAGGAUGCCUGAUACUAUGACUUGCUCCAUCCGUUCCCCAUCUGACACUACACGUUCAGAUCAUUAGAUCAUAUGAUUGAAUAACGAAUAACAAUCUUAACGAUUAUUUACAUGUGUUGCACCACUGUCCUCUUAUAUGAAAAUGAAAGAAAAAAGAGCCGUCAGCUACCAUUUCUCUUUUUAUCA